GAUUACAUCUUCAGUGUUUGUUGAAAAUGUAACAACAGUAAGAUCCGAUAGCGUCUGAUAUUCCGUAGUUACCGGUAACGACGAUAUAAUUCGCUUGUUAACCAUGGCAGUGGAAGUUGAUAGUGUUUGUGGCAAAAAAGGCAGUGCCUUUAUGCAAUGGUUGGUGGCAAUGCUAGCGAACACCACACUGUUGACAUACGGUUUCCAAGCGGGAUGGGUGUCGCCAAUGACAAAAGUUUUACAAUCAGAUGCGUCCCCGGCUGGCUACACACUAUCGGACUAUGAGAUCUCGUGGAUAGCAAGCGCUCUUUGUAUGUCGGCGACGUUUGGAGUCCCCCUAUUCGCUUAUAUCGUGGACACGUAUGGGAGGAAGGUUGCCAUUAUAAUUAUGGCUGCAUUGCAAGCGGUCUGCUGGAUAAUGAAGCUGUCUUCAGCAAACUUAUCGGUGCUAAUCAUAGCCCGGUUAUGCGGGGGUUUAUCGGCCGGUGGUUGCUACAAUGUCGUUCCGAUGUACGUAAGAGAAAUAAGUCGGGACGACAUAAGGGGGGUUUUAGGUUCCUUCAUAAUUUUGUUCCAAAAUAUUGGCAUUUUAACCAUGUUUGCAAUGGGAUUGUACUUGGAUUAUUAUACUGUACUAUGGAUCGUCGUUUGGGUGCCUGUAGUGACUAUUGUCUUUAUGAUAAAGGCCCCAGAGUCACCUGCGUUUUUGUUUAAAAAGGGGAGGAUUGAGGAAGCAGCCGCAACUAUAGCCUUUCUGAGAAGAUUGGAUGUCAAUGACAAGGAAAUACAAAAUGAAAUUGACUACAUGAGGAAUGAAGAACUCACUUAUAACUCGUUGCCAAAGGUUUCUUUCUUAAGCAUAUUGAAAAACAAAGCAUGGCGUCGAGGCUUCCUCCUCAUCAUGCUCUUAGUGACACUUCAGACCAACAGCGGCAACUUCGCGACACUAACAUACUCCCCCGCCAUUUUGAAAUCGGCCGGUGUCACUUGGAACCCAGAACUUCAAACUCUCAGCUUCCCCGCAGUUAUGAUCCUUGGCUCAUUUAUCUCAAUGAGUUGUGUGGAAAAGUUCGGACGAAAGCCUCUCAUUAGCAUAGCAUUCGCUGGAGCAGUGCUAGCCCAUGUAGUCUUGGGAACAACAAUGCUGAUUCAGAACCAAGGAGGUUCAACACCAGGAUGGAUACCUGUGGUUGCCAUAGUAACGUAUGUCUUCGUGUACGCAGGCGGCAUAUCGCCUAUGCCGUAUAUCAUUAUGGCUGAAAUGUUUAACUUUCAAAUCCGAGCAAAAGUAAUGGGUUGUCUAGUCACACACGCUUGGUUCAUGUCGUUCCUCAACUUGGCCUCUUUUACUGGCCUGGCGAACUUGUUGGGAACUCACUCUGUAGUUUAUUGUUAUGCUGGCAUCAACCUCCUGGGCGCUUUUGUUAGCCUGGUAUUCUUGCCAGAAACAAAGGGGAAAACUGCCGAACAAAUCGAAGUGGAUUUACGAGGAAAAUAAUUUCCAAACCAAACGCUUGAUUAGAUUUUAAAGUUCCCAUGUGAACUUGUUUGUGGUUAGCGAAAUAUUAAUUGGAUUGUAAUUAAUUGAGAUCUGAAUAGGUGCUUGAGUGUUCCUCUGGUAUGAAAUAAUUUGAAGUAGCUUUUGUUGUUAUUAAAAUAAUUAAAAGUUAUGAACGAAAAUAUUGUUUCAAUUAAAUGGAACAAAUAAAUCUCGAUGUAGGUUUAUGAAACAUUGUUGUAGUCGUGUGUUCUCUUGUUAUUGUAAUGGAAAUACCUUUUUAAGUGGCGCGUGGGUGCUUACGAGCCAUAUCAUGUACUUUAACAUUUUAAGUUAAUAAACAUGAUGUAUAACGUUC